AUGAUCUUGCUCUCCUAUCGCAUAACCAACACCAUAUACAAGAUAAUGCUCCCUGUAAAGUCACGGGGGGGGACAGGAAGUAUAAAGGCCGGCCGCCCGAGCUCAGUCAGGGCCCGGCCACCGCAGGGAGCAGACGUGCGGCCGGGAGCUCCCCGCCAGGAUACCUCUGAGGCCCAAGGCGGGCGCCCCAGCUGGCCGGAGCUGCCCCGAGCUCACUACGAGGAGGAGCCGCCGGAGCCCGUCCGCUCCCGUCGUUCGGAGGGGCCCUUGGAACUCCCCCUCAGCAACCCCGAAGGGGAGGCCCCACCAGAACCCCUGCGGCCCUGCUGUUACCCGGAGGAGCCGCCCGAGAACCAUUGGCCGGAUUUCCCUACGGAGCUGCCAGACCUUCCACCAAGCCCCGGCCGAGAGGAGCCCGCGCUGAUGGACUGGACCGAGCCCGAUGCCACGGACGAGGUGUUAUGA